AAUAACGAGUCAAAUCAAAACCAAUGAAUAAUAAUAAAUACACUUGUCUUCGGUGUGACGGCACUGGACUGCCCUAACUAUAUAUUCUCUAUCUCUUUGAGUCUUUGACGCUGCUCUCACUCUCCCAGACUCAGCAACACCUCCCAACUCCAAGUUCCAAGUGCAGCCACAUCCUUCACCCCGAGCGUCUGAAGUCUGAACCCAACACAACAGAACCCGCGGUUUCCGUUGUCAGCAGUCCACAAACUUAAGCUAACGUGAGCUUUUUUGUCCACAUCCACUGUAGUGAGUGAGAGAGAGAGAGAGUUACAGUUCGACACUUCGUUUUGGGCAUCUUCACUUUCUGCUGUUGCGUGCCCAAGCCGAAUUGCGACGCAUAGACCGACUGCUCGCUGCAGGGGACAGUGUGACAGAUAGACCACAAGGCUGAAGGUGGGAGAGUGGGAGGUUUCCGGAAACGGCUUUAACUGUAACUGUAAUUCGUUCUGUAGACGGUAGACCUCCAUACCUUACAAUUACAUCGCGUGAAGAUCUACUCAACCUUCAAACACCACAGAUAUUGACGUCAGAUCCCGACGCCGCCUAAAUAUGGUUUUUGCAUGAUUUCUCUCUUCACUCGCUCUUCAUUCUCUUUUUUACUAGCCGAAUAGUGAUUGGUGAGAGCUUGAAUCCAUGGAUUUCGGCAGAUUUUUCUGUUCUUCAGUCAUUGUUUUGGUCUCAGGUUUUUUGUUUCCCGCACUAGUAGCUUCAGUGGGCAUAAACUAUGGCCAGAUCGCGAACAAUCUCCCGUCUCCGGAAAAUGUUCUUCCGUUGCUCGGAUCGAUCGGCGUCAAUAAAGUGAAGCUUUACGAUGCAGAUCCUCGGGUGCUUCGUGCAUUCGCGAAUUCCGGUGUUGAAUUCGUCGUCGGACUCGGAAAUGAAUACUUGGCAAAGAUGAGAGAUCCGGAGAAAGCCGAAGCGUGGGUGAAGACCAACGUUCAGCCUUUCCUCCCUGCCACGAAAAUCACCUGUAUCACCGUCGGUAACGAGGUUUUGACGUUUAACGAUACAUCCCUGACUGAGUACCUCCUCCCCGCAAUGCAGAGCGUUCAUACAGCCCUGGUGAACCUAGGUUUGGACAAGAACGUGAGCGUCACUACUGCCCACUCGUUGGCUGUGCUCGAGACCUCGUAUCCCCCUUCUGCCGGAGCUUUCCGCCGAGAUCUAACGGAGUUCAUCACCCCGAUCUUAAGCUUCCAUGCGAAAACCGGCUCCUCUUUCCUCAUCAAUGCUUAUCCUUACUUCGCAUACAAAGCGAACCCAAAGCAAGUCCCACUUGAUUUCGUUCUCUUUCAGCCGAACCAAGGGGUUUCGGAUCCCAUCUCGAACCUCCAUUACGACAACAUGCUGUUCGCUCAAAUCGAUGCUGUAUACUCAGCACUCACUUCGGUGGGUUACAAGAAGCUGCCGGUGCAGAUAUCUGAGACAGGUUGGCCGUCGAAAGGGGACGAAGAUGAGGCCGGAGCGACGCCGGAGAACGCCAGAAAAUAUAACGGGAAUCUGAUGAAGUUGAUUUCACAGAAAAAAGGGACACCUUUGAGGCCCAAUUGUGAUUUGAAUAUAUACGUUUUUGCCUUAUUUAAUGAGAAUAUGAAGCCAGGGCCGACUUCAGAGAGAAAUUAUGGACUUUUUAAACCUGACGGAACGCCCGCGUAUCAGCUUGGAAUCAGUAAAACUAAUAAUAGUACUGGCACCAGAAGCGGCACCGGAGAUGGGGAUGAUUCCGGCAGUCCUUCGCAACCCAUCAGUUCGUCCACUGGCUAUUUAUCUAUAUCAUCUGCCUCUCCUGUAACUGACAAAUUGCGAUUGGCUGGGGCCGUGUUCUGUGGGUUCUUGAGCUCAUUUUGGCUAUUCUUUUGAUGGAACGAAGCUUCAUUCGCUUUAUCAUAUUGUGGUGGAAGGUGGAUGGAUGGAUAAACGGGAGGGAACCUGGGAGUUGGGGAAAGGUGAAAAAAAAUUCUAUCUCAGCUAUCGAUGUUGUUAUUCUUUGAUUGCUUGUAAGGACAUGCUGAUCUUUGUUCAUCUUCUUCAAAUUAAAAGUUAAUUAAGUGUUUAUCCGACUUUCACUAAAUUAAAAGUUAAUUUAGUGUUUAUCUCUACGGCUGAGCUGAUACGUGGUCCCACCCAUGUAUUUAGCUUCUGGCGUCAAAGGAUUCAAUUGAUUAUAAAAUGGUCUUAUUUACCUCCGACCUCAAUGUUUUCUUUCACUUUUGCAGGGGGGGUUUUAGUAAGGUGUGCGUGUGUUCGUGUGCUAAUUGGGCGUUGGUAGUUCAGGAAUGGAUAGGACCCAUUUUAUUGCAAGUAUACUAAUUAGUGUUGUACGUGUACCCUAUGGAUUUUUGAUUGGAUAGAGAAAUGAAAUGUUACUGUUUUCCUUU